CUUCAUAAUCAAGAUGCACUAUAGUGAGACCGGUGACGCGGCUCUGCCAUCUUGAUACGACGACAUCAGUGUAGUCUAGCUUGACACGUUUAAUCAGGUCGAAAUUCCCAUAAGCCUCAAAGUUAUCAUGGGGGGCAGCUGAGCCAUCUAGAGAAAGUGACAUCGAUGAGACGGAUGAUUGGGAGAAGCGGCGAGAGGAAAGGAAGGGAAGAUUGCGAUUAGCGCCGGUUUGCAGUUGGACUGGUGAUUUUAACAGUCCGAUGCGUCUCCGAGAGAGAGAAGUCAGCCGGGACGCCGUUAACAGUCGCUGCAUUCACUCGAGUUGAUUUUUCUGAGCGGAACAGUGCUCUUUACGUCAGCACUUACUUAGGUCCAAUUUUAUACUACUUGCUCGUGCAUGUGACUACAACCGAGGACGCCGUCUCCUGCAUUCUCUCGCGCGCGUUUCUCAAGGCCAUUAAUGGAGACAAAGCGUAUGUUUGAUUACAAGCCAACGCCCGAGCAAUUGGCUCUUGCAGAGGAACGGCGUAUGCAGCGCAAAGCAAAGAAAUUGCAGCAACAGAAUACCCAAAAUCAUGCUAAUCUCCCUCCACUGUUUCUCUCAAGGCCAUGGAAAUCUUUGCCAGUCACUCAGACUGCACCCCAUUCCACCAUCAAGGUCGUGUCCUGGAAUCUUCUUGCUCAAUGUUUGAUUCGCUCGAACCUCUUUCCAACAAGUUCAAAGGCCCUUAAAACUUCUCACAGGGAGCCUAUGAUACAUGCAGAGAUUCUGUCCCAUUCUGCAGAUAUAAUGUGCUUGCAGGAAGUGGAUCGCCUAGAAAAGCUUUCUCCUAUUCUAGAACAAGCAGGGUAUUCCUCCGCUCAUGCUGCAGGCCCUGGAAAGCAGCAUGGCUGCCAUAUUGCUUAUAAGCAAAACAAAUACAAUCGAGUGGACGAACUUGUAAUUGAGUACGACAAGCAGGAAGUGCGUGAGGAUUCUUCCAGUCCUGCUGCACGUAUUGGAUCCAGUCGCGUUACUAGAAACAUCGGUUUCAUGGUCGCGUUGGCUGAAGUUGGUGCCGACCACCAAGGUGUCAUUGUUGCAACCACCCAUUUGUUUUGGCAUCCUGCAUUCACGUACGAAAGGGCAAGGCAGGUUGGUAUCCUCAUUCGAGAAGUCCUUAAAUUCCGACAGUCUAUGAAACUUGAUCAUUGGCCCUGCAUCAUCGCUGGUGACUUCAACUUUACUCCCGAUGACCCGGCAUACUCCUUGCUUGUUGGCGAUCCGCUUACUGAGGCCCAGUCUCAGCGUUUGCAUAUGUCUCGUGUUAUCCAUAUAACCAUUGAUCCAACUGUACCACCAACUACCAAGAAGGCAGACGAUGAAGAGGGAGAUGGUUCAGAGGCUGAUCCUGACAAGGUCAUUAAUAAUUCCAGAUUAGCCACUUCAUCAGACGGACUGCUAUCCGACCUUGAACUUGUGUCACUAUUCAGAAAUGGUGCCAAGCUUCGGAGCGCAUAUGAUGAAGGUCAAAGAGCUCGGAGAGACAACGGCACCCCAGGUGAUUUGUACACAUUUGGCGAGCGAGUCUCUUUGCACCCGACCAGACUCGGAGCUCAUGAGCCAAUGUGGACUAGUUACACACAUUACUGGAAGACGACGCUAGAUUAUAUUUUCUUCAUGGACACACCCAAACACAGCAUAAAUGUGGCGGGCUACCUCAACCCACAUCGUGCCACUGAUAUGGAAGUAGGCCUUCCUCAGAUUGGCAUUUGCGGAAGUGAUCACGUCUCUCUUUGUGCGGAACUCCUUGUAUCGUGAUAGAUUACAACGUCGAGGAGGUAUGUGGCAUAACCUGUCUAGGGUAUUUCAAAUGGAAUGGAGCCCACCCAGCAUUGGUAAAUGGGCUGAAAAAG